AUGGCAACUAAAACUGCAUUUAAAAAAAUCAGUAUGGGUGAAAGAAAUAAAAUGAAUAGAAAAACACCUAGUGGUGCCGCAAAACGAAAAAUUAACAAAGAAAAAAAAGCAAAGCGUGAAUCUUUAAUAUCAAAGAUUCCCAAAACAGACACAUUUUUAAAAACUCAAAGCAACACAAACUCUACUGUUUUAACUAAUAUUGACAUCAAUACUGCAAGUACCAGUGCAGCUAGUGAAAUUAAAGAUGUAGAAGAUAAUGAAAAUAUUCAUAAAUUUCACGACCAGGAACACAGCAUAUCCAUUACCGACUUAGACUCUGAUAGUAGCAGUAUCAUCAGUGAUAAAGAUGAUAAUCCUGUGACAAAUGAAAAUAUUGCAAGAGAGGAUAUAACAAAUGACAAUAUAGAAUAUGGAGACCCCAACACUUCAAGAGGUUUAGCAUUUCGCGGGAAUAAUCAAAUAAUUGGCGACAAUCACAAUGGAAAUUAUUUGGGAUGUUUAGAACUAAUUUCAAAUUUCGAUCCGUUUUUACAUGGAUAUUCGAAAAAUUAUGGAAAUAAAGGGAAAGGUAAUGUUUCGUACUUGUCCGAUACUGUGAGCGAUGAAUUUAUAGAAGUCAUGGGUAAUCAUGUAAGGAAAUUAAUUAUAAUGGAAUUAAAAAAAGCGAAAUAUUAUUCGAUUAUUAUUGAUUCGACGCCAGAUAUUGCACACUUAGACCAACUAACAUUUGUAGUAAGAUAUGUGGACCCUAGCGGAAGUGCUGUAGAGAGAUUUUUAAUGUUUAUAGAAAAUGUCGGCCACAAAAGUUCUGCUAUGGAAGAUGCCAUUUUGAACGUAAUGGAUGUUUUAGAAAUCAAUUUAAAUGAUUGUAGAGGGCAAUCUUAUGAUAAUGCGGCAAAUAUGUCCAGGGCUUAUUCGGGGCUUCAGUCACGCAUACAUGCAAGAAAUGAUUUGACUAUUUAUGUGCCUUGUGCAGCACAUUCACUGAAUUUAAUUGGUGAAUGUGCGGCAGAAUGCUAUAAAGAUCAACUUCUUCUUGAUGGUUUUCGUUAUCGUCGUGCAAAUAAAAGUCAAGUUACGUGGCGUUGUGUUAAAAAUAAUUGUUCUGGCCGUGUAACUUUUGAUGGUACACAAUAUAUUAAAUAA